AGGCACCCGCUACCCCCUGAAAGAAAAGGUUCUAUGAAGGGCCUCUACUCCGAUGACUUCACUACUUUGAGGUUCAAGACUUGUGCAGAGGAACCAGACACCCAGCAGCGGUCCUACAGCAGUUGUGAUGCAAUGGAAGGCUCAAGCUCAAAGUCCCCGUUUGCCCAAUACAAGUUUGAUGAGAAAGAUUAUUACGGACCAUGCUCAAAGCAAUUACUCACGUCAUACUUCAGCCGUGGCGGAGACACACCCAAGGUCCAGAUGCCCUACAAAACCAUCAGUGGCAAAAUCCCUCGUGAUUUGAAAAAAGAACGGUGUCGACGGGAGUAUUUGAAGCUUAAUUUUGAACAACUUUUGGCAGAAAAAAACAUUGACUCCAAUCUUCUAAUACCGCGUUGUUUGGACAGCAGUGAUGAGCAGCCUCUUCUCUCGCCGUAUCUUCCACUUGAGAUAUUUGACAACGAGGAAUACGAUUGUCGGACUGCCCACGACUGGCUUUCCAUGGGAAUAGCGCCAGGAUCGUCUGAUCGAAGACCAAUUCCAUCAAAAGCGUUACUGCUUACAGAUGACACAGAAAUGUUUGAUGAUCAACCUCCCCCAUCACUGGAGUACAGCUGGCAUCUAGUGGGCGUCCUUGACUACAACGAGGAGAAAUGUCAGUACUUGGUAGAAAAGGUUCGCCAAAACAGCAAGCUAAGAGAUGAGGAGAGUUGCCUGCAAACGGGCAAUAGGUACUGGAUACCCAGGAUCCGGUUGCUGUUCAGUGCCGAGGACCCGCGAGUCUUUGUCCAACGAAUCCAGUUUGCCAUGCACCAAAGGGAGAACACAGAAGCCCUCAUCCUCUACAACUUGAUUGUUGACUGCAUGCCUAUCUGGGAGAAAACCCCAUCUCUGGAUCCACAGUGUCUCCACAGCAUCAAAAGACGUGCCCUCUCAGGCCAUGGCCUUAAACUAGACAUUGUACAAAAGUUUGUAGAAGGACUCGGGAAGGAGGUCAAGCUGGAUUACGACCGUACCAUGAACCGCUUCAUCCUGGAUAAAAUGGUGAAAUGCGACCCGCAGGAUUUUUCCCACAUCGUGGUGCCACAGAAGGAACCUGAGCAUGUGCCACUUAUAGGCUGUGUAACAGUUCCUCGCUUUAGCUACAAGAAGAACCGAGCUGCGUUCAUCACCAAGUCCAUGCUGACCGAGCCUCAAGUGAUCUACACGUUGUCGGAAAUCAGGUUCGAGUGUAACAAACUAGCCACCAUGAAACUCUUCAACGUGUCCUUAACCAAACCUCUGCGACUGGACGAGUUUGAAGCAAACCAGGCCCAAAUGCAGACUCAGAUAAGCUUGUUCCUGCGGGAGGCGUGGAUGAUCACGGUGACGUACAGCCUCCGACACAACCUGGGGAACAUCGGCAAAGGCGCGUACAACAUGAGCGAGUCUAAAUGGGACAUGUACAUGGUGACCAAGCUGAACAAACUGAUGGCUGUGGUGCACUACAACCUGCAGGACUCCCUACGCAACCUUGUAGAGGACUCCUUGCUCUGCCUGAGCAAGUUGAUUAUGGACGCGUGCUGCAGCGUGCACACGUGCCCUGAUGACCUGGCGUGGGGGGACGACCUCAUCGUUAGCCCUUACAAGCCAAAAAACAAGCCUCUGUUCCAGGUGGACUUGCUUUUGAAUGAGACCGAAGUACAUUACAGCACACCUCUGGAGAAUUUUGAGACCUGUAUCUUAAACCUAUUCAACGAGGGCAUUCUGGUGACACACAAUAUACCCAUGCUGGAUAAGUUCUUGAUGAAGCGCUUGUUAUUCGGUGACGAGCCUGUGCUGGAGUCAGUGAAUCUUUGCGAGCCAAAAGUAAAUGAGCUGAGAGAGAAGAUCUGCAUAGCGCUCAAAAAAGCCAUCGUACCCCUCAAAGCGUAUGCUGCUGAAUAUGCCAAAUACAUUGAGCUUUACAACUUGGACGUAGUGGCGCAUUUUGCAUCCAGCGCUGAUGACGAGAAGACAUCCAAGGUCAUAAAAAAAGAAGUAGAGCAGCAUAUCACAGACAGAGAAGAGCUCCAUAAAUCCCUGCCGUCCUCCAUUAUCAUUGGUGCAUUUAUCGUGCAUGUUGAGGGAGUACGUCAGGCGCUUUUGAAUAAAUCAAAGGCUUUAGCCGUGGCGACCUUGGAAAACCAUGUCGAUAAGCUACGGAAGCUGGUGGAUGAAGAAUGCGAGGAGUUCAGCACUAUUAGUUACACGCUCGCAGAACGUCCCAGCAGCAUUGAGGACCUGACGGACAAGAGGGAAUGGAUGAAACAGAUUCCUGACCAGCUCAAAAGUUGCAAGGAUCGCGUUGCAAAGAUUUUAGCAGAGUAUGAACUAUUUGAAGAGUUCUACUACUCCUUAUCAAAUGAUGAUUUUAAUAAGAAGUGGAAAGCUAUUGAGUGGCCACAAAGAAUCCUCAGACAGAUGGACGACGUAACCAGUCAUCUUGUUGAAGAGGAGGAGCGCUUCCAGAAGAUCCAGAUCACCGACCAGGAUGUGUUUGAGCAGCGCCUUGGAUCUCUCCAGAUGAUGGUGAGCAAAUUCACAGCUUUUGCAGAUGUUGAUCAUGCCACUGAGAUGGCCAACGAGGUGAGGCGUACAAGCAAGGAACUGAAAGAGUGCCAGAGUUUGGCUCAGACCUACAACACCAGAGAACGUUUGUUCGGUUCUCCCGUCACAAAUUAUGACCGUGUGCACCGAAUGGCAAAGGAAUUCCAGCCAUUCUUUGACCUCUGGACCACAACCUACGAUUGGAUCCAUCGGCAUGAAAGCUGGCUCAAUGAUCCGCUGUCUUCCAUCGACCCUGAGUUGCUUGAGCGCCAUUAUACAGAAGCGUUGGACACUAUGCAUAAAUGUUUCAAACAGUUCAAAGAUAAGCCUGAUUGCCAAACGGUGGCAUCGGUCAUCCUCGGCAGGAUUGAGGACUUCGGUCCUUACGUGCCCCUGGUUCAGGGUCUGAGGAACCCAGGGAUGAGAAUGCACCACUGGCAAGCACUUUCGGAUACCAUCGAGAUAAAAGUUGCGCCCAAAGCCAAUCUUACCUUAUCCCGCUGCUUGGAUCUUGGCCUACAUAAACACAUGGAUGCAAUAACUCAAGUGGCUGAGACGGCUGGGAAAGAGUACAUCAUUGAACAGGCCCUGGACAAGAUGAAAAAAGAGUGGUCGGGUAUACUGUUCGAUCUGAUGGCCUACAAGGACACCGGCACUUACAUCCUGAAGAGUCCCGAUGAAGCAUUACAGCUGCUGGAUGAUCAUAUUGUCAUGACACAAAGCAUGUCCUUCUCCCCCUAUAAGAAGGCAUUUGAGGCUGAAAUCAACAAAUGGGAGAGCAAACUCAGGACAACUCAAGACGUGCUGGAGGAGUGGCUGCUGUGCCAGGGCUCUUGGCUCUACCUGGAGCCUAUCUUCAGCUCGGACGAUAUCAAUGAACAACUUCCUGUGGAGGGACAGAGAUACCAACAAAUGGAAGAAAUAUGGAAAAGAAUCAUGAAAAAUGCUUAUGAAACCCCAAAUAUAAUUGAGUUCUGCCCUGGUCCUCACCUGCUGGACAAGCUGAAAAAGUGCAAUGUACUUUUAGAACAGGUGCAGAAGGGUCUCAGCGAAUACUUGGAGAUAAAGCGGAGCGCCUUUCCUCGGUUCUACUUCCUGUCAGAUGAUGAGCUCCUGGAGAUUCUCUCUCAGACCAAGGAUCCCACCGCUGUACAGCCACACUUACGCAAAUGCUUUGAGAACAUUGCACGGCUUAAAUUCCAGGCGGAUCUACUGAUCACACAUAUGUAUUCUGGGGAGGGAGAGGAAGUCAAACUGGCUACGACCGUGUCACCCUUUGGGAAUGUGGAAGACUGGCUGAGGGAUGUGGAAAGAUCAAUGAAGGCUACAGUCAGGGAUUACAUUGAACGCUCACUUAAAGUCUACCCGGAGGAACCCCGUGAAGAGUGGGUUUUAUCAUGGCCUGGGCAAGUGGUAAUAGGCGGCUGUCAGGUCUUUUGGACUUUGGAGGUGUCGGAGGCUUUGGAGCAAGGGGACCUGGCCGAUCGUCUUUAUCCCCAGCUGCAGACUCAGCUGGGAAACCUGGUGCAGCUGGUGAGAAGUGGCGUGUCCAAAAUGCAGCGAGCUGUGUUGUCUGCUCUCAUUGUCAUCGAGGUGCAUGCUAAAGAUGUGGUAGCCAAACUGGUGGAGCAGGGGGUGUCAGGCGUCAAUGAUUUCGAAUGGAUUAGUCAGCUCAGAUAUUACUGGGCCAGAGAGGACUUGUACAUCCGAGCAGUGAAUGCAGAGUUCUUGUAUGGAUAUGAGUACCUUGGAAACUCUGGACGACUGGUCAUCACCCCACUCACAGACAAAUGCUACCUGACCCUGACUGGAGCCCUCCACCUCAAGUUUGGAGGAGCCCCCGCAGGUCCAGCCGGCACCGGAAAGACAGAAACCACUAAAGAUCUGGGAAAGGCUCUUGCCAUCCAGACUGUGGUCUUCAACUGCUCUGACCAGUUAGAUUUCAUCGCGAUGGGCAAGUUCCUCAAAGGUUUGGCCACCUCUGGUGCCUGGGCAUGUUUCGAUGAGUUUAAUCGUAUAGAUGUUGAGGUGUUGUCUGUGGUGGCACAACAGAUCACCACAAUACAAAAGGCCCAACAACAAAGGGCAGAGAGGUUUGAAUUUGAGGGUUGCGAGAUCCCCCUUGUGCCCUCUUGCGCCGUAUUCAUCACCAUGAAUCCCGGUUAUGCUGGCCGUACGGAGUUGCCAGACAAUCUCAAGGCUCUGUUUCGUCCCGUGGCCAUGAUGGUGCCCAACUUUGCCAUGAUUGCUGAGAUCUCGCUGUACUCGUUUGGCUUCAGCGACGCCAAAGUCCUCUCGCAGAAGAUAACCAGCACUUUCACGCUCUCCUCUGAACAGCUUAGCUCUCAGGAUCACUACGAUUUUGGAAUGAGGUCUGUGAAGUCUGUCAUCUCAGCUGCUGGAAAUCUGAAGAGAGAAAAUCCUAACAUGAAUGAGGAGUUGAUCUGCCUGCGGGCCAUCAAAGAUGUCAACGUCCCGAAAUUUUUACGAGACGACCUGAAGCUCUUCAACGGAAUUGUGUCCGACCUUUUCCCAAAGACAAAACAGGAGCCUAUCGAUUACGGCAUACUUGAGGAAUCGAUGCGUGCUGUAUGCAUUAAGAUGAACCUCAAAGAUGUGGAUGAAUACAUUGGUAAGUGCAUUCAACUGUAUGAGACCACUGUGGUGAGACAUGGCCUUAUGUUAGUGGGACCAUCAGGAUCGGGGAAAACCAAGUGUUAUGAGGUUCUUGGUGCGGCGAUAACAGCUCUAAAGGGUCAACCGUCUGUCAGCGGCGAUUUGUAUGAGGCAGUUCAGAUAUAUGUGCUCAACCCCAAGUCGAUCACCAUGGGGCAGCUUUACGGGGAGUAUGACUUGCUCACUCACGAGUGGACAGAUGGCAUCCUCUCCUCUUUGAUCCGGAUGGGUACAUCGGUAAUGGACAACGAUAAAAAGUGGUACAUGUUCGAUGGCCCUGUAGAUGCUGUUUGGAUUGAGAACAUGAACACUGUGCUGGAUGACAACAAAAAACUCUGCCUGAGCUCUGGGGAAAUCAUCAAGCUUUUGGAUACCAUGACCAUGAUGUUUGAGGUGCAGGACUUGGCUGUGGCAUCGCCGGCGACAGUGUCUCGCUGCGGAAUGAUCUACCUAGAGCCCAGUAUUUUGGGCCUGGUGCCCUUCACAGAAUGCUGGCUCAGGCAGGUCCCCAAAGUCAUGAGACCGUAUACAGAACAGCUCACCAUUCUGUUUGACAAGUUCUUGCAGGACGCUAUCAAUUUUGUUCGCGAAUCGGUAAAGGAGGUCAUCACUUCGCUCGACAGCAACCUGACGUGUAGUCUUCUCAAACUCAUGGACUGCUUCUUUAAUCCAUUCAACUUUAAUGAGGACGACAAGCCGCCACCCCGAAAUAAAUUGGAGCGUGUGAAGGACCUGAUUGAGCCGUGGUUCAUUUUCUCCCUGGUGUGGAGUGUCGGCGCCACGGGAGACGGUCCCAGUGGCCAGCGCUUUAGUGCCUGGCUCAAAAACAAGAUGGCAGAAGAGAAGGUCGUAUUGUGUUUUCCAAAUGACGGCCUGGUGUAUGACUUCAGGCUUGACGAUGCAGGGAUAAGUCGUUGGAAUGAGGAGGAGGAGAAUACCAAGGACGGAAAGAUCCAGUGGGUCAACUGGAUUAAUGAUGCCAAGAGCGUUUUAAUCACCCCAGAGACAAGUUACUCUGACAUCAUCGUUCCCACGGCUGACACCGUGAGAAUGACUUUCCUCAUGGAUAUGCUUUUGUCCAAUAUGAAGCCUUUGCUUUGUAUUGGGCCCACUGGCACAGGAAAGACCCUCGCGUUGUCUGACAAGCUGCUGAAAAAUAUGCAUGCACAGUACAUCACGCACUUCCUCAUGUUCUCCGCCCGCACGUCGUCCAACCAGACUCAAGAUUUUAUCGACAGCAAGCUAGAUAAAAGGCGGAAAGGUGUCUUUGCGCCGCCGAAGGGCAAGUACUUCAUCUUCUUCAUCGAUGACCUCAACAUGCCAAUGUUGGAGACUUAUGGUGCCCAGCCUCCCAUUGAACUGCUGCGGCAGUGGAUGGACCACUGUGGCUGGUAUGACAGGAAGCAGAUUGGGGCUUUUAAGCAAAUCGUGGAUAUCAAUUUCGCCUGCGCCAUGGGACCGCCGGGUGGAGGACGGAACCCCAUCACAGCGCGCUUCACACGCCACUUUAGUUUUCUAUCUUUCACUGAGCUGGAGGAUGCCAGCAUGACCAAGAUUUUCUCGACCAUCGUUGGCAGUUGGAUGAGUGGAAGCAUGAGUAAAAAGAAUCCAGGAAGAUCGGUGCCAGAAAUUGUGCUAUUGAACAACGCCAUCGUCAAAGCCACGAUCCGCGUCUACGCUACUAUUUGCUCUCAGCUUCUACCAACUCCUGCAAAAUCUCAUUACACAUUCAACCUCAGAGACCUGUCCAAGGUCUUCCAGGGCAUCCUCAUGGCUGAGACUAGCAUGGUUGAGACCAAAGAAAUGCUUCUUCAGCUGUGGUACCAUGAGAACUGCCGGGUUUUCCAGGAUCGCUUGGUGUGUGCGGAAGACAGGGAGUGGUUCAACAAUCUCCUGAAGGACUGUAUUGAGGAGUUUGGCUGCAAAUAUGAUGAGGUUGUGCCCUUCCAGCCUAUCAUAUAUGGGGAUUUCAUGAUUCCCGGUGCACUCCACAAAGUUUACACAUUCAUAGAAGACAAGGAAAAGUUGGAAGAAAUCAUGGUGGAAUACAUGGAAGACUACAACCAGAACUGCACGCCCAAGAUGAAGCUCGUGCUCUUCAUGGACGCCAUUCAGCAUGUGUGCCGAAUAGGUCGAGUUCUGCGCCAGCCGCUUGGCAAUGCCCUGCUGCUUGGAGUCGGAGGCAGUGGACGACAGUCCCUCACUAAACUUGCCUCAUAUAUAUCUGAGUAUAAGUGUUUCCAGAUUGAACUGUCCAAGAACUACGGUCAAUUUGAGUGGCGGGAGGACAUCAAAAGCAUCAUGCUGAAGGCUGGCCUUCAUAACCAGCAGAUCACUUUUCUCUUCGUAGAUACACAGAUUAAAAGUGAGUCAUUCCUGGAGGACAUCAACAGCAUUUUGAACUCCGGUGAUGUCCCCAACUUGUAUGCAUCGGACGAACAAGAGCGCAUCCUGGCAGGGAUGAAGCCAGUGGUGCAAGAGCUGGGCCAACAGCCAACCAAAUCCAAUCUUAUGGCUGCCUACCUAAAGAGAGUCCGUUGUAACAUCCACACAGUACUCUGCAUGAGUCCUAUCGGGGAGGUGUUUCGUGCACGACUGAGGCAGUUUCCCUCACUGGUAACAUGUUGCACCAUAGACUGGUUCAGUGCUUGGCCGGAUGAGGCUCUGCAAGCUGUGGCCACAUCAUUUCUUAAUGAGCUACAUGAGCUGGAUGCCAGCCCCGAUGUCAUGGAUGGACUGGUAUCUAUGUGCAUGAGUAUCCACCAGAGCGUAGCCAGGAAGUGUGAUCAGUUUCUUGCUGAGCUUUCUCGACAAAACUAUGUCACGCCAAAGAGCUACUUGGAACUACUCAACAUCUUCUCGGAUCUCAUCGGGCGCAAGAAACAAGAGCUGUGCCACGCUCGGCAACGCAUGACGACUGGUCUGGACAAGCUUCUGAGCACAGCAGAGGAUGUGAGUAAGAUGCAAGAGGAGCAAGAGUUGAUGAGACCUCUUCUGGAGGAGGCUUCAAGGGAAACGGAGGUCACAAUGGAGACCAUCAAAGUAGACUCCGUGAUUGCAGAGGAGACCAAAAAGUCAGUACAAGAAGAGGAAGUCAAAGCUUCGGAGAAAGCCCGUAUAGCAGGGGAGAUCGCCACCGAUGCGCAGAGAGACCUGGACGAGGCCCUGCCGGCCCUUGAGUCUGCUCUCACCAGCCUCAAGUCACUCAACAAGGGAGACGUCUCUGAAGUGCGAGCCUUGCAGCGCCCUCCUCAAGGGGUAAGGUUGGUCAUUGAGGCUUUGUGCAUCAUGAGGGAAGUCAAACCUAAGAAGAUCGCUGGAGAAAAACCUGGAACCAAGGUUGAUGACUACUGGGAAAAUGGCAAAACUUUGCUGCAAGAUCCUGGAAAGUUUCUGGAUAGUCUUUUUAACUAUGACAAGGAUAACAUCCCAGAAAAAGUGAUUUCUCUAGUGCAGCCCUACAUAGAUAAUGAAGAAUUCCAACCAGCGGCCAUUGCCAAGGUUUCCAGAGCCUGUACUUCAAUUUGCCAGUGGGUUCGAGCCAUGCAUCUUUACCACUUUGUAGCCAAGGGCGUGGAGCCUAAACGGCAAGCGCUCCAGGCAGCCCAAGCGGAAUAUGAUGAGUCUCAGAGGAGUUUGAAAGCUGCAAAAGACCAGCAAGCGGCUGUGGAAAGUGGUAUUGUUGCACUGCAAGUCAAGUACCAAGAAUGCCUGGCCAAGAAAAAUGAACUGGACCACAAGUUUAAACUGUGUGAGAAACGCCUUGUUCGGGCAGACAAGCUUAUAGCUGGGCUGGCGGAUGAGAAAACCCGUUGGAAAGAUACCGUGCUACAUCUGGAAUACAUGGUCAGUAAUGUUUCAGGUGAUGUGUUACUGUCUGCAGGCUAUGUGGCAUACAUGGGACCCUUCACGGGAGAGUACAGAGCAGCCAUGGCAGAUGAAUGGCUGCAAUUAUUCAAGGAGCUAAGUGUGCCUCACACUAACGCGCCCAGUCUCAUGUCCACCCUCGGAGAUCCCGUCAAGAUUCGCUCGUGGCAGCUAUCAGGUUUGCCUAAGGACAAUCUUUCAGUGGAGAAUGGUGUGAUUGCCCAGUAUUCUCUCCGCUGGGCUCUCUUCAUUGAUCCCCGACAAGCCAACUCCUGGAUCAAAACCAUGGAGAAGGACAGUGGAUUGGAGAUUAUAAAGCUCAGCGACCGAGAUUUCCUACGCAGUCUCGAUAAUGCAAUCCGCUUUGGUAAACCCUGCUUACUUGAGAAUGUAGAAGAAGAGCUGGACCCUGCUUUAGAACCCGUACUGUUACAGCAGACAUUUAAAGAGCAAGGCACCUUAAAACUGAAGCUGGGCGAUUCCACCAUCCCCUAUCACAAGAGCUUCAAGUUCUACAUCACCACCAAGUUACCGAACCCGCACUACUCUCCAGAGAUUUCCACUAAAGUCACCCUCAUCAACUUUACUCUGUCACCGAGCGGUUUGGAAGACCAGCUUCUAGCCCAGGUGGUGGCAGCAGAGCGACCAGAGCUAGAAACCGCAAAGAACCAGCUGAUAGUCAGCAAUGCCAAAAUGAAGCAGGAGCUGAAAGAUAUUGAAGAUGAGAUCUUGUUCCGUCUCAGCUCCUCAGAGGGAAACCCGGUAGACAAUGAAGAGCUCAUCCAGGUGUUGGAAGCUUCUAAAGUCAAAGCCGGCGAGAUCCAGGCCAAAGUGAUUGUGGCGGAGGAAACAGAAAAGGACAUUGACGCCACCCGUCUGGAGUAUGUUCCUGUGGCUGUGCGCACACAGAUCCUCUUCUUCUGCGUCUCAGACUUGUCCAAAGUGGACCCCAUGUACCAGUACUCCCUGGAGUGGUUCCUUGGCAUUUUCGUGGUUGGCAUCACCAAUGCUGAGAGAGCAGACACGGUGGAGAAGAGAAUUGUGAAUAUCAAUGAAUAUUUCACCUUCAGCCUGUACUGCAAUGUGUGUCGCAGCAUGUUCGAGAAGCACAAACUCCUGUUUGCAUUUCUCCUCUGUGCUCGUAUCCUACAGAACGAUGGGGAAAUUGACAUGGCUGAGUGGCGUUAUCUGUUAUCUGGCGGGAUGGCCAGCCAGGAACUUCCCAACCCAGCCAUAAGCUGGCUGUCUGACCGCGCCUGGAAGGACAUCCUGGGCCUCAGCGGACUGGAGACAUUCUGUGACAUGGCAUCCACCUUUGACAAACAUCUGGAAGGCUUCAAGAACAUUUUUGACAGCAACCUUCCUCACAGGGAGCCUCUCCCUGGUGAAUGGGAUAUUAAUCUGGACAGCUUUCAAAAGUUGUUAGUUCUGCGCUGCCUGAGGGCUGACUGCCUUGUUCAAGGCGUACAGGACUUUGUCUCUGCUAAGCUUGGACAGCGUUUCAUAGAACCUCAGACGUCAGACCUGUCUGUGGUCUUCAAGGAGUCGUCCCCUUCCUCUCCCCUCAUCUUUGUUCUGUCUCCUGGCACUGACCCAGCCUCUGACCUCUACAAGUUUGCAGAUGCCAUGCACUUUUCCAAGAAAAUGAGUGCCAUCUCACUUGGCCAAGGCCAGGGCCCUUUGGCUGAAGCCUUGAUGCGCACUGCCAUGGAAAGAGGUCAGUGGGUCUUCUUUCAGAACUGUCACCUUGCGCCCAGUUGGAUGCCGUCAUUGGAGAGCCUGAUUGAGAACAUUGACCUGAAGGUGCACAAAGAUUUCCGUUUGUGGCUCACAAGUCUCCCCAGCAACAGGUUCCCAGUGUCCAUCCUUCAAAAUGGGACAAAGAUGACCAUUGAGUUGCCCAAAGGCAUCAAGGCCAACCUACAGAAAACCUACCUGAAGCUCACAAAUGAUUUUAUCACUACCUCUAACAAGGUAGCACACUUGAAGUCCUUGCUCUUGUCUCUGUGUUUGUUCCACGGGAUUGCUCUUGAACGAAGAAAGUUUGGACCUCUGGGCUUCAAUAUUCCCUACGAGUUCACCGAUGGCGAUCUAAGCAUCUGCAUCAGCCAGCUCAAAAUGUUUCUGGAUGAGUACCAGACCACUCCAUAUAAGGUGCUGAAAUACACUGCGGGGGAGAUCAACUAUGGCGGCCGUGUGACAGACGAGUGGGACAGGCGUUGUCUCCUUAGUGUGCUGGAAGAUUUCUACUGUCCUGCUGUGCUCAGUGAGGAACAUAUCUACUCUGCAUCUGGAGUUUACCGGCAGAUUGAAACAAAUGUGGAUAUCAAGGGUUACUUAGCAUACAUCCACAGCCUGCCCAUCAACGAUACACCUGAGAUCUUUGGUCUCCAUGACAACGCGAACAUCAGCUUUGCCCAGAACGAGACGUUUGCUCUGCUGGGAGCUGUGCUACGUCUCCAGCCUCGAACUGCGUCUGCUGGAGGCAAGACCCUGGAGGAGAUAGUGGAGGAAAUAGUAAGCGGAAUCGUGGUGAAGGUCCCGCAGCCUUUUGAUAUUCAAGAGGUGAUGGACAAGUACCCUGUGCUCUAUGAAGAGUCCAUGAACACAGUCCUUAUGCAGGAGGUCAUCAGAUAUAACACUUUGCUGGCUGUCAUUGCACAGAGUCUCAGUGAUAUUGUGAAAGCUCUAAAGGGUUUGGUGGUGAUGUCAUCAGAACUGGAGCUUAUGGCCAACAGCCUGUACAACAAUGGCGUUCCUGACAUGUGGAGUGCAACAGCCUACCCGUCCCUCAAGCCUCUGGCCUCCUGGGUUUCGGAUCUGCUGAAGAGGAUCACUUUUCUUCAGGCAUGGAUCUCCAAUGGCAUCCCGCCUGUCUUCUGGAUUAGCGGCUUCUAUUUCCCUCAAGCUUUUCUCACCGGAACCCUGCAGAAUUAUGCGCGUCGCUUCCGCAUCUCCAUAGACACCAUCGGUUUUGACUUUCAGGUUGUGCUGAAAUCAGUGUCCGAUAUAAAUGAGAAGCCAGACACGGGCUGUUACAUCAGUGGUUUAUUCAUCGAGGGUGCUCGCUGGAAUAAUAAUGACGCUCUGCUCACAGAGUCCAGACCUAAGGAGCUCUACACAGAAAUGGCCGCCAUUUGGUUCAUCCCCACACCUAACCGCAAACCUCCAACCUCUGGGAUCUACAUCUGCCCCAUCUACAAGACCCUAACACGCGCUGGCACGUUGUCCACCACGGGUCAUUCCACCAACUAUGUGAUCGCAGUGGAGCUGCCCACGGAUCAAACGCCUGGACACUGGAUCAAACGGGGAGUGGCCCUCAUUUGUGCUUUGGACUAUUGAACACACUUCAGCCACCAGAUACAGUUAGCAUCAUCACACAAACAUUUGUUUUAAUUGAUUUACGAAAGUCCAAGAAAGAACAGUUACAAGUUUCAUGAGGAUUUAGAUCAGGGUUGCCCAAACGCUUUGCCUCCAGGGGCCAAAGUGAAAAUGUGUCAAUGGUCCGUAGGCCACACACACGACAGUGCGUCAAAUACGGCCACAAAAUUAUACUUUCACAAAAUAAAAGUAUGUUUUAUUGUACGUUUAUAAGCUACAGUAUGUUAAGAACGAUAUAUAGACGUAUUAUUUUAAUUUAUAUCAGCAAUUUUUACCAUGCAACAGCACCACUAGUGAGAAAUUUAGCCUCAUAUCGCCAUAUAUACCAUAUUUUUCGGAGUAUAAGUCGCACCGGCCGAAAAUGCAUAAUAAAGAAGGAAAAAAACAUAUAUAAGUCGCACUGGAGUAUAAGUCGCAUUUUUGGGGAAAUGUAUUUGAUAAAAGCCAACACCAAGAAUAGACAUUUGAAAGGCAAUUUAAAAUAAAUAAAGAAUAGUGAACAACAGGCUGAAUAAGUGUACGUUAUAUGAGGCAUAAAUAACCAACUGAGAACGUGCCUGGUAUGUUAACGUAACAUAUUAUGGUAAGAGUCAUUCAAAUAACUAUAACAUAUAGAACAUGCUAUACGUUUACCAAACAAUCUGUCACUCCUAAUCGCUAAAUCCCAUGAAAUCUUAUACGUCUAGUCUCUUACGUGAAUGAGAUGAAUAAUAUUAUUUGAUAUUUUACGCUAAUGUGUUAAUCAUUUCACACAUCAGUCGCUCCUGAGUAUAAGUCGCACCCCCCGGCCAAACUAUGAAAAAAACUGUGACAUAUAGUCCGAAAAAUACGGUAUGUGUUAUUGUAAGUUUAUAAGCUACAGUAUGUUAAGAACGAUAUAUAGACAUAUUGUUUUGGUUUAUUCCAGCAAUUUUUACCACGCAACAGCACCACCAGUGAGAAAUUUAGCCUCAUAUCACUUUAAAGAAAUACACUCUAUACAUUGCUAAUGUGGUAAAUGACUAUUCUAGCUGCAAAUGUCUGGUUUUUGGUGCAAUAUCUACAUAGGUGUAUAGAGGCCCAUUUCCAGCAACUAUCACUCCAGUGUUCUAAUGGUACAAUGUGUUUGCUCAUUGGUUUAGAAGGCUAAUUGAUGAUUAGAAAACCCUUGUGCAAUCAUGUUCACACAUCUGAAAACAGUUUAGCUCGUUACAGAAGCUACAAAACUGACCUUCCUUUGAGCAGAUUGAGUUUCUGGAGCAUCACAUUUGUGGGGUCAAUUAAACGCUCAAAAUGGCCCGAAAAAGAGAACUUUCAUCUGAAACUCGACAGUCUAUUCUUGUUCUUAGAAAUGAAGGCUAUUCCACAAAAUUGUUUGGGUGACCCCAAACUUUUGAACGGUAGUGUAUAUCGCCAAGAUGAUCAUUUUCCAUAGAGCGUCAAAGUUACAACUUUACCGUAGAGAAGGGGUCUCAAAUUCAAAUGCGACUAGUUAGUCUGUUUUUAAUAAAUUUUACGAUUAAAAAAAAAAAAAAAAAGGAAGCUCAGCCCCUACACUGCAAAAAGUCAGUGUUCAAAAAAAAGAAAAAAAAUUACAAAAAUUAGGGGUAUUUUAUUUGAACUAAACAAAAUUAUUUGCCAAUAAAACAAGAAAAUUCAGCUUGUCAAGACUUUCCAAAACAAGUAAAAUUGGCUAACCUCAAUGAACCCAAAAAUACCUUAAAAUAAGAAUAUACUCACUAAUAAAAAGUGCACUUUUCUUGGUAGAAAAAACAAAACCUUUUUGCUCAAUAUGUUGAAAAACAUUCUUAAAUGAAGUAAAUGCUAGUGCCAUUAUUUUGACAUAAUGAUAUGCGCUCGGCAUCAUAAUUUUUUUUUUCAUGCUUAGAGUAAAAAUUAUUACUUUAAAAAAGGAGUUUUAUACUUGUGAGUGUUGAUGACACAGCUUUGCAACACUUGAUAUUCUAAUUUCAAGCAUGUUUUACUCAAUAUAGGUCAUCAAAUAUCAGCAACGAGCUGUAAUAUCUUACUGAGAUCAUUUAGGACCAAAACACUUAAAACAAGUAAAACACUCUAACAUAAAAUCUGCUUAGUGAGAAAAAUGAUCUUAUCAGACAGAAAAUAAGCAGAUAUCACCCUUAUUUGAGAUAUUUCAUCUUACUUAGAUUUCAGUUUUUGCAGUGUACAAUUUUACCAUAACAUUUACUGUGUAUUUUAUUUAUUUUUUUACACCAAAUUACUGUAAAUUGAAAAACUGUACCGCUGUUCUUAUAAAUUCAAAAUUAUAGUAACCGAGCUGUCAUUUUUUUACUGAAAAAUCUAUAGCCAAUUUUAAUUUUUAGUGCAUUACUCUAUUUUCCAAGCCAUAGAGUGCACCUGUGUAUUAGCCACACCCACUAAAUUUUAGAGGAAAAAAUAUUUUCCAUACAUUAGCAGCACCGGACUAUAAGCCGCCGAUACGUUGUAAAAUGAGUUAUUUACACGGAAAGAUUCUGUAACUGUUUAUUUACUUACUUUGUUUGCAAACGCCUGUAACACGGCAGUAAAACGGCUGAUCAAACAAAGCAGAAGUCAUCACCAUGGACCCAGUAGCUGCAGAAACUAGCUCUCCAAUCAGCUAAACAGACUCAAUAUCUCCACGGUGACGUUUUGGUGGAUUUACUGAGGAAUUUGUGAAACUGAAACAACACAAAAAGAAUGCCAUUGUAAGGUAAUAAUACUAACAGACACUCCUAAACGUGUUAGCGUGUUACCUCAUGCUAACGACGCCAGCUUGAUUACAUUACGAUGGCACAUACAAAUAUGCAUGAAAACACUGGCAACACAGACAUCACACAUGGGACGGUUUAGUAAGUAUGAAUAGUUUUAGUUAUAUUGUAAACCCUACACAUGUUGCUUGGAGUGAUGAAUCAAGAAUCCACACGAGUAAAAACGCUACGGACGACAAGAAGACAGAACAGCGCUUGUACUUCCGGUUCAAAGCACUAAACAGACGGAAAUAAUGUCGGCAUUCCCCCCCCGCAGCACCUGCAAUGAGCAAACUCGUCCAAAAAAUAGCGCCAGAACACAGACAAUGACACCUUUUCAAUGUCUCUGCUUGUGUUUAAUGAAAACUAUUUUCAUUAUGGCUGUUAGCGAAAGAAAAUCCAUAAAUUAGCCGCAGGGUUCAAAGCGUAGGAAAAAGUCCUGAAUUCACUGUACUAUAAAUUGAAAAAAAGUACCACUGUUAUUAUUUUUACCACAAAAUUCUGGCGACUGAGCUGAUACUUUUUUUACGUUUUCUGUUUUUACAGUGCAAAACUGUAAAUGGAAAAAUGAUACCACUGAUGAUUUCAUGGUAAAUUCCAGGCGACUGAGCUGCCAGGUUUUUACAUAAAAAUCUACCAACUUUUUUUUUUUUUUUUUUUUUUUACAGUGUAGCCUUGCAGACAUGCCACCAAUGAUUGUGCAGCUUGAAA